CAAAAAGUCAGGUUCCCCAGCUCAUCCCUCAUUUUCAACUGGUGGAGACAUGCUGGAUUUCCUGGUUCAGUCGGGUGAUAUCAGCAAACCUGAUGGUCUGUUGGCUACCUGGUUUCACCGAGCCAAUAGCAAGGAGGAAAUGAACAAAGCCCUCACAAGUGACGCUAUGAUCCUAGAGGCUGACGUCACUCUUGAGGGUUAUGGAACACCCAGUGAGAAGCCAAUCCCUAUCAUGGCCCACCCUCCUGCCAUCUAUAGUGACAACACUCUGGACCAAUGGCUGGAUACUGUGCUGGAAUCUCGAAAAGGCAUGAAGUUGGAUUUUAAGUCUCUGAGAUCAGUAGGUUUGUCACUGGACCUGCUUAUUCAAAAGAAUAGUAGUAGAGGAAUAAACAGGCCUGUUUGGCUUAAUGCAGACAUCCUCCAAGGUCCCAACGUACCAGACUUUGUGCCUCCAAUCAAUGGAACCAGAUUUCUGCAGUUGAUUCAGGAGAAGUUUCCAGAUGUGACUUUGUCUCCUGGAUGGAGGGUGGGCUAUUUUCCUCCGCAUAAUGUUGAGACCUACACCAGGUCCAUGGUGGAGGAGAUGUACAAUAUGAUCAAAGAUGUCCCUCAAAAGGUGACAUUCCCAGUCCAUGCCCUCUUGGUUCGCAGCGGCUGGCAGCACAUCAGCUGGAUCCUGAGCCAGUCACCACGGUUCAGUCUGACAUUGUGGCAGGGUUCAAUUCACCCAAACAUCACUGAUCUUCUGUUCAUUCGUGAGAACACCUACCCUACCAGAGUCUACUAUGAUAUAUAUGAACCAACACUAUCUGCAUUCAAAGAGGCUGCAAGGCACCAGGGACUUCUGAGAAGAUUCUAUCCUGGAGGAAACCUGAUGGACUUCCUCUAUCCGGGUCACAACUCAGAUGCUGACGUUCUGUCCACAGCCACACAACACAACAGCCUUGCAGUCCAUUGGCUGAGAGUCACUGACAAGACCUCCUUAUUGGCUCAGUUUUCAGAAGGUGAUGGUGGUAUGCUGGUGGUUCAGGUGGCCUCUGACAGCAGCCGACUUGGAGUCCCUCUGGUGGAAGGUUCUGGAAAGAGCUCAGAGGCCUUCACACUGCAGGACUUCCUGCAGCUGCUUGGGCAGAGACCUGAUGUUCCCUGGGGUGUUUACCUGCGGAUCCACACGCAGCAGCUUCUUGAAGCUUCCCUCAAGCUGCUGCACUCAGCCUACAAUAGAGAGAAGCUCUACAGACCUAUCUGGAUCAGCAUGGAGGAUUUACAGGGCACUGACAAUGUUGAGGAGUUUGUAUCCACAGUAGAGAGGUUGUUCCCUUACAUUACCAUCGUCCUGACAGAGCAGAACAGGCCUCCUCUGACCCCAGCAACAGGCUUGUCUCAAAGGGUGGCCCUACAUCUGAAAACAGCAUCACUGCCAAAAGGACAAGAGGCGUUAAACUCUCUAAUGGGAAUGAUGUACACAUAUGACCUAAUUGUGGAGGAGGACACAAAAAGCAGUGCUGGAGCUCUUGCAUCCUUCAAAGGACUUAUGACCCAGCGUACAGGGAGAGCAAACACAAACCUGUAUGUGAUGUCUGAUCAGUCCUAACUGAGUAUAGACAUGACCAACCCAGAAUUACAGCAUUUAAAAGGAUAAUUGUGUCAUACAGCUACCUCUUAAUUUAAUGUGAAUUGACAUAACUAUGGGGCACUGACUCAACAGCUCUACACACUGUUAAUCAUCGGAAGGCUAAUGUUAUCAGCGGAUACUGGCUAUUUACUCAUCUAUCAGUGUAUCCGGUGAUGGAUAUCAGUAAGAAAUGAUUGUACAUAAAUGAGAGUGCUUGAGAUGUCUUGUAUUCCAUUGAAAUGAAAUUAAAUGUAGGAUGUGACUUGUACAUGUAUAAUAAUAUCUUUCAUACCUCUCAAUUUAUGAAAGAAAGAGAAGGGUGUUGAUGGCAAUACAUCAACUAGUUGUAAUUUAGUCUGAACCAUAAAUGUCAAUGCUAGAGGAGAAGUCUGGGGAUCACCAAAGUCAAUAGGACUGACCAUGAAUGUCUAUAAAGGAUUGCACUAAAAGCAGUUGCCAAGACAUUUCAGUCCGAACCAAAGCAAUGACCACUGUUGCCAUCCCUAGAGCCACUGGCAUGGCUAAAGUAACGGUGCAGAAUCUGUUAGCAGGUUUACGUUCAGCUAUAAAAUACCUCACUUCCAGCAGCCUACAUAAUUUUGUUGCAGCUCUUUGAUGCCAGAACAGAAGCUGGCAUGCUAAAUCUAUUAGCCUACAUAGUUAACUAUGCCUAUCCCUAUGUUCCCAUGGUCCUGUGUUCCCAAGAUUUAAAUGGAACAUAAUGGGGAAUGACAAAGGGUCUUAUGAUCCCCAGGAUCAUACGAUCCCCUGAUUUAUAUGACAAAGGUUCUUAUGUUCCCAGGGCCCAAAGUUCCUAGGUUCUACAUUAGUGCUCUCCCAGAAUUAUACGUCCCCUAGAUCCUGUGUUUCCCAGGGUCCUACGUUCCCCUAAUUUAUGACAAACAAUCAUAUGUCCCCAGGGUCCAAAGUUCCCAAAUUCUACAUUAGUGCUCUCCCAGAAUUAUAUGUUCCCAAUGCCCUGUGUUUCCCAAGGUCCUACCCUUUCCCAGAUUUAUAUGGCAAAGGGUCUUAUGUUCCCAGGGUCCGAAGUUCCCAAGUUCUACAUUAUUGCUCUCCUAGAAUUAUAUGUCCCUGACGUCCUGUGUUUCCCAGAGUCCUAUGUUCUCCAGAUUUAUACGACAAGGGGUCUUAUGUUCCCAUAAUCCGAAGUUCUACACAGGGUUAUAUGUUCUCAGGGUCCUAUGUUCUACAGCUCAAUAUAGCACAUGAUGGGAACCUGAAAUAUGAUGAAUAGGGGCAUAAGUCAACCAAUUCAUUAAAAUAAAAGAGAUGGCAUUUAAAAAGGGAAAAAAAACCAUUAUUAAACAUUUAGCAUUAGGUAAACAUAAUAAGAUUAUGAAAAAGCUUUAAGGUAAGGUUAGUUUAUUUCUGAAAUAUUUAACAUGAAACAGGUCAAAUGUGACCCAAACACAACAACAGGGUUAAUGUAUGUAAACAGAAUAUUAAACUUGGAUACAUGGGAGCCUAGGAGCAUAUGACCUGAGAAUCAUAGGAUUCUAGGAACAUAGCUAUGCUCCCAUGGGACUUUCAGGAUCGCACUUCCAAUCGUGUGGUUGGUCCAGCACUUUGGUCCUGAGUAAAACUUGACAAUUAAUGAUUCCCCAAACUUUUCCUCCAAUACCACAAGGAGGCUGACCUUUUUGUUUCAGUGACAUCUGUCUAUGACUGAUCAGCUCUCCAUUGUUAAGACAUUCAUUAUCCUCCCAGAAGGAACUGUAAUCACUUUGGUGAUAUCAAAUCUCACAAGGGACUUUAGGACAUAAUAAUAAUGUUUCUGCUUGCACCAUCGUGCCACAAAAAAACGAGGAAUAGUGCCACACACGUCUCUUUCUUGCUCAUAAGUGAAUAAAUCCCUUUGAUACAUUUAGACAUCAACUUUGACUCAUCUUAAUUGGUUUUCUUUACAGUGAGCAUUACACCCUUACAGAGCUAGCAUGUCUGUAGACUAACUGUUUAUACUGUGCUACUGUCUCUCUCAAAAUAUUUAGAUUCAACCAAAUUUUAUUACUAAUUCUUUAUCACCUCAACUCCGACCAUGGCAGUGUCAGUCAGUUG